UCAAUCUCAAUCUCAAUCUCAAUCUCAACCGCUCUUUCGUUCUUCCUCUCUCUGUUGCCGCUAUGGCUGACGUUGCUAUUUCCGAGAUACCCAUCAAGAAAAAGAGAACCACAACAAACAAGAGAGCACUGAAGCAAAAGAACCCAUCACCGAAUGAUGCUAAUAUCCUUGCCCAGACGCUCUCUCAGUCUUCUCCUGCAGUGAUUCCGGUCCCAUCAGAUAACGAUCCGGAAAAAGAGAACCAUGAGAGCCUCUCUCAACCUCGCUCCUCCCCAAAGAAAGCAAAGGCCAAGGGCAAGGCCUCAAAGGGAAAGCAGCAGUCUUUCGAGAAUGAAUUGCUAGAUCUGCAAGAUAUGCUUCAGAAGUUGAGGCUUGAGAAGGAAAAGACCGAGGAUCUCUUGAAGGAGAAAGAUGAGAUCUUGAAGGCAAAAGAAGAGGAACUCGAAACAAGAGGAAAAGAGCAGGAGAAGCUGCAGGUGGAACUCAAGAAAUUACAGAAGUUGAAGGAGUUCAAACCCACCGUGAGUUUCCCUAUUUCAAUGAACAAUGAAGAAGACAAGAAUGAGAAAAAGAAGAAAGGCUGCCCUGAGAAGAAACGGCCCUCCACACCAUACAUAUUGUGGUGCAAAGACCAGUGGAAUGAGAUCAAGAAAAACAAUCCAGAAGCAGAGUUCAAAGAAAUUUCAAACAUUUUGGGGGCAAAAUGGAAAAUCGUUACUGCAGAAGAGAAGAAGCCUUAUGAGGAGAAGUAUAAGGCUGAGAAAGAAGCUUAUCUGCAAGUUAUGGCAAAGGACAAGCGUGAAAAAGAAGCAAUGAAGCUCCUGGAGGAGGAGCUUAUGCAGAAGACUGCUAUGGAGUUGCUUGAACAAUAUGUCCAGUUCAAACAGGAAGCUGACAAGAAGGAGAACAAGAAAGCAAAGAAAGAGAAAGAUCCAUUGAAACCAAAGCAUCCCAUGUCAGCAUUUUUCCUGUUCUCGAAUGAGAGACGUGCAGCGCUAAUUGCAGGAGGCAAAAGUUUUGUGGAGGUAGCCAAGAUUGCCGGUGAAGAGUGGAAGAACAUGACAGAAGAGCAAAAGGCUCCCUACGAAAAGGAAUCAAAGAAGAACAAGGAGAAAUACAGUAAAGAAAUGGAGGUCUACAAGCUGAAAAAGGAAGAAGAGGUUACCAAUCUCAAGAUGGAAGAGGAAGAGCUGAUGAAACUUCAGAAACAGGAAGCCUUGCAACUGCUCAAGAAGAAAGAAAAAACGGAUAACAUUAUUAAGAAAACCAAAGAGAAACGGCAGAAGAAGAAGCAACAGAAUGCUGAUCCUAACAGGCCAAAGAGGCCUGCAACUUCAUUCCUUCUGUUCAGUAAGGAAGCAAGGAAGAACUUGUUGCAAGAGCGACCAGGAAUCAACAACUCUACCCUUACUGCACUGAUUUCAUUGAAAUGGAAGGAGCUGAAUGAAGAAGAGAAGCAAGUUUGGAAUGCCGAAGCUGCUGAGGCCAUGAAAGUUUAUAAGAAGGAAUUGGAGGAAUACAACAAAACUGCUGCUGCUGCCAAUGUGGAAUGACAAACCACAACAGUGAGAGUAGGAACACAAGUUUAUGUGUGAAUUUCGCAUAUUGUCAUGGGUUCAAUUAUACUUGAAACCAUUUAUGCAAACACAACUUUUAUGUUGCCUAAUCCUACUAUCAAAAAGAAACUAAUUUAGAGCUAAAUUUCAGUAGUACUUUAAUUGA